CCUUUGUAUUUUGUGGAUUUGCAGGAUGACUUAGAUGAUUUUGGAUUUGAAGAUUAUGGACCAGACUGUGAUAGCAUGAGGAUAACAGCAUUCCUGGAUAUUCCUGGACAGGAUAACUUAACUCCCCUGGCUCGUCUAGAGAAAUAUGCCUUCAGUGACAACAUCUUUAACAGGCAAAUUAUUGCCCGAGGCCUUUUGGAUGUCUUUCGAGAUUUCAGUAGCAAUGAAGAAGACUUCCUGACUGUAAUGGAAAUAAUGGUCAGGCUCUCUGAAGAUGCAGAGCCAACUGUACGUACAGAGCUGAUGGAACAAAUACCUCCUAUUGCCAUUUUCCUGCAAGAAAGCAGACCAAAAUUCCCAGCAGCAUUUUUUGAAUACCUUAUGCCCAUAGUAGUGAGAUACCUCACAGAUGUUAACAAUCAGGUCAGGAAGGCAGGGCAGGAAGCACUGCUGAUACUGCUGGAACAGGACCUUGUGGCUCAGAGUGACAUUGAGAACAAGGUGUGUCCAAUCCUGCUGGACCUCUCUGCCCCUGACAGUGAUGAUGAGUACAAGGUGGAGGCUGUGAACAUAAUCUGUAAAAUGGCUUCAAUGCUGAGCAGGACAACAGUUGAGCACAUGCUGCUCCCUCGUUUCUGUGAGCUGUGCAGUGAUGGGAAGCUGUUCCAAGUCCGAAAGAUUUGUGCAGCUAAUUUUGGUGACAUUUGUAAUGCAGUUGGGCAAGAAGCCACAGAAAGGCUGCUGAUUCCCAAGUUCUUUGAACUCUGUUCUGAUAGUGUUUGGGGAAUGAGAAAAGCCUGUGCCGAGUGCUUUAUGGCAGUGUCUUACACCACGUCCCCAGAAGUGCGCAGAAGCAAACUGUCCCCACUGUUCAUCAGUCUUAUCAGUGACACCUGCAGAUGGGUCCGUCAGGCUGCCUUCCAGUCCCUUGGCCCAUUUAUUUCCACCUUUGCAAACCCUUCAAGUGCUGGGCUGUACAUCCGAGAGGAUGGGACACUGAGCAUCCGACCAGCAGCACAGGAGGGGAGUGCCAGUUCCUGUCAGCCAAGCACCAACAGCACUUUAACGACCUCCAAUGCAAUUAACACAAAGGUCUCUGAGAAUCUAAAGACAGAUAUGCAGGAAGAAAGUUCAGAUUGCUGUGCUGGCCCUGGAGAAGAUGUGUCUCGAUUGCCUCAGGGUGACACAGCUGCCUCUGGGGUCCCUGAAGUCCCUCAGGACAGCAGUUUUCCUGGAGUGCACUCGAGGCUGCAGUCUGAGGAUGUGUUUAAUACCUUCCUGUACUGGCGACCUCCUCUGCCUGAUAUCAGUCAGGAGCUGGAGCUGCUGCAGGUCAAGGCUGAGAAGCAUAGCAGUAGCUGCUCUGUGCCAUGUAAUAACUGUGUUGCUAGUAGUGAAAUUAAAAAAGUUCUAGAAAGCUUACAAGAGCACAUGGAUGAUCCAGAUGUUCAAGCUCAGGUCCAAGUGUUGUCUGCUGCUCUCAGAGCUGCUCAGUUUGAUUCUGUUGGUGACUGUGAGACCAAGAAAACAGAAGAAAGCAGUGGCAAUCCUCAGAACAAAACCAUUGCAGAUGAAACAGCUGUUCCAGAUGCUGUCUGCAGCCAGGUGGAGGAGGACACUUGUUCACCCCCUCCCUCCCAGGAUAACAUCAGUGACCAGUCUGCCACCAGUGCACUGAACAGCACAGACUCAGAGGAACAACACAGAGGAACCAGCGUGUUUUUAAGGAAAGGGCAAGAAAAUAAUCCACCAUUGGAAGAUGACAAGUCAAAAUUACAGGAUAUCAUCCCUCAGCCUUUGCUAGACCAGUACUUGUCCAUGACUGACCCUGCUCGAGCCCAGACUGUGGACACUGAGAUAGCCAAGCACUGUGCCUACAGCCUGCCUGGCGUGGCCCUGACACUGGGCAGGCAGAACUGGCACUGCCUCAAGGACACCUAUGAGACUCUGGCCUCAGAUGUACAGUGGAAGGUGCGUCGCACGUUGGCCUUCUCCAUCCAUGAGCUGGCAGUGAUCCUGGGGGAUCAGCUCACAGCUGCUGACCUGGUGCCAAUCUUCAAUGGCUUCCUCAAAGAUCUGGAUGAAGUGCGUAUCGGAGUGCUCAAACAUCUCUAUGACUUCCUGAAGCUCCUUCAUGCAGACAAGAGACGAGAGUAUCUCUACCAGCUUCAGGAGUUUGUGGUGACUGAUAACAGCAGGAACUGGAGGUUUCGUUAUGAACUGGCAGAGCAGCUGAUCCUGAUCCUGGAGCUCUACAAUCCCAACGAUGUCUAUGACUACUUAAGACACAUUGCACUAACUCUGUGCUCCGAUAAAGUUUCCGAAGUUCGGUGGAUCUCCUUCAAACUGGUUGUAGCAAUCCUGCAGAAGUUCUAUGCAAACAAUGCAAAUGCUCUGGGGUUAAAUUUCAUCAAUGAACUCGUGGUGAGGUUCCGGCACUGCUCCAAGUGGGUUGGCAGACAAGCCUUUGCCUUCAUUUGUCAGGCCGUGGUGGAAGAAGAAUGCAUGCCCGUGGAGCAGUUUGUGGAACACUUACUCCCCAGUCUCCUCAGCCUUGCUUCAGAUCCUGUGCCAAACGUCAGGGUCCUGCUCGCCAAGGCCCUCAGGCAGACCUUGCUGGAGAAAGCUUAUUUUAAAAGCGUGGGCAAUCCUCAUCUGGAAGCUGCAGAAGAGACCAUUCUAGCCCUGCAAUCUGACAGAGAUCAAGAUGUGUCUUUCUUUGCCACCAUCAAACUAAAACAGGCUUUUAAGGAUGAGAAUGUUGUGUCUGUCGCGUGUCAGCAGCGAAGGAGAUGCACUAGCCCAGCCGGGCUCGUCGUGCUCCCGGAGAAGGAUGAAAGCCUCAGCCGUCUCUCACUUCGGGAGCAGAAGGAGGGGCUGUUUCAGGCGGAGGGAAGUGCGAAGGCACUGGCAGGCUCCAGUGGACACACUAUGAUGAAGUGA